UCCCAUCCCGCUCAUACGUCCCAUCGAGACGCGGCGGAGCGGAUGGCUCGUGUCGCGUUCGGGUGCUUCCGGGGUGGGGGGGGGCGCCGAGAACCAGUCUGCACGCCGGCUCCCGUUCAGCGCGGGAUGCUCCCUGAGCUUCUCUGCGGAUGUGUGGACCUCCACUUGGGAUGUUUUUACAAGAGGACCAUGCCACCAGGAGAUGAUUUUUAUUAUUUAUUUGAUAUCUAAAGGAGUGGAAUGAAGGACGUAUUUGAGCAGGAUCUCCAGGGGAACAUCCCGGCCUCGAGCGCAAAAGCUAAUUGACGACCAGGAGGUGAUGUGACAUCCACCUCCGACGCAAAAAAAAAAAAAAAGGAGGGGGAGAUCAUCAGGAGCGGGAGGUGACGCUCCAUCCCCACCCCGGCGCACCUCCGUUGUCGCCCACCUGUGCGGAUUAUGCGGCAGACGGCAUGGCGCAUGCCGCCUCGCAGCUGAAGAAGAAGGCGGACGAGAACCUCGUGGCGGCCGAGGAAGAGCGGGAGAAGGAGCGCAAGCGGGCCAGGAAGCGGACGCGAGGCGACGUGAAGAAAAAGACGGACGUGAAUGCUUGUUAUCUCAGAGCAGCGCGCGCCGGCAACUUAGAGAAGGCAUUGGACUACUUGAAGACUGGAGUGGAUAUCAACAUUUGUAAUCAGAACGGCCUCAAUGCUUUGCACUUGGCAUCCAAGGAGGGCCACGUGGAGGUGGUGGCCGAGCUCCUUCAGCAGGGCGCCAACGUGGAUGCCGCCACCAAGAAAGGCAACACGGCACUGCACAUUGCAUCUCUGGCCGGCCAGAUGGAAGUGGUGAAAGAGUUGGUCACACACCACGGCAACAUUAAUGCGCAGUCGCAGAACGGCUUCACGCCCCUGUACAUGGCGGCGCAGGAGAAUCACCUGGACGUGGUGCGCUACUUGCUGGAACACGGCUCCAGUCAGAGCAUCGCUACAGAGGACGGCUUCACGCCGCUGGCGGUGGCGCUGCAGCAGGGCCACGACCAGGUGGUGUCACUGCUCCUGGAGAACGACACCAAGGGCAAGGUACGCCUGCCGGCGCUGCACAUCGCCGCCAGGAAGGACGACACCAAGGCCGCCGCCCUCCUCCUGCAGAGUGACCACAACGCCGACGUGGAGUCCAAGAUGAUGGUGAAUAGAACAACAGAGAGCGGCUUCACGCCUCUCCACAUCGCCGCUCACUACGGCAACAUCAACGUGGCCACGCUGCUGCUCAACAGAGGCGCCGCCGUCGACUUCAAGGCGCGGAAUGACAUCACGCCACUGCACGUGGCCUCCAAGCGCGGGAACGGCAACAUGGUGCGCCUCCUGGUGGAGCGAGGAGCCAAGAUAGACGCACGCACAAAGGACGGUCUGACGCCACUGCACUGCGGAGCCCGCAGCGGCCACGAGCAGGUUGUAGAGAUGUUGCUCACUCGAGGGGCUCCCAUUCUCUCCAAGACCAAGAACGGUCUGUCGCCGCUCCACAUGGCGACGCAAGGCGACCACCUCAACUGCGUGCAGCUGCUGCUGCACCACGACGCGCCGGUGGACGACGUGACCAACGACUACUUGACGGCGCUUCACGUCGCCGCCCACUGCGGUCACUACAAGGUGGCCAAGGUCAUCGUGGAUAAAAAGGCCAAUCCCAAUGCCAAGGCUCUGAAUGGUUUCACGCCGCUGCACAUCGCCUGCAAGAAGAACCGAGUCAAGGUGAUGGAGCUCCUGAUGAAGCACGGCGCUUCCAUACAGGCCGUCACUGAGUCGGGCCUGACUCCCAUCCACGUCGCGGCGUUCAUGGGACAUGAAAACAUCGUCCACCAGCUCAUCAACCACGGCGCCUCGCCCAACACCAGCAAUGUGAGAGGGGAGACUGCACUUCACAUGGCUGCAAGGGCGGGGCAAUCCAAUGUGGUGCGAUAUUUGGUCCAGAAUGGCGCGCGAGUUGAUGCCAAGGCCAAGGACGAGCAGACGCCGCUGCACAUCUCCAGUCGUCUGGGCAAGCAGGACAUCGUCCAACAGCUGCUCGCCAACGGGGCAUCGCCCGACACCACGACCAGUUCCGGGUACACGCCUCUUCAUCUGGCCGCGCGGGAGGGUCACCGAGAAGUGGCGGCGACGCUGCUGGACCAGGGAUCCACUCUUGGGAUCACUACCAAGAAGGGCUUCACGCCGCUGCACGUUGCGGCCAAGUACGGCAAGUUGGAAGUGGCCAACCUGUUGCUGCAAAAAAACGCCGCGCCAGACGCCGCUGGCAAGAGUGGACUAACUCCACUGCAUGUUGCUGCGCACUACGAUAACCAGAAGGUGGCGCUAUUGUUGCUCAAGCAAGGAGCCUCACCCCAUGCAGCCGCCAAGAACGGCUACACGCCGCUGCACAUCGCCUCCAAGAAGAACCAGUUGGAGAUCGCCACCACGCUGCUGGAAUACGGCGCAUCCACCAACAGCGUGACGCGGCAGGGCAUCACCCCGCUGCAUCUGGCCGCGCAGGAGGGCAACGUGGACGUCGUGACGCUGCUGCUGGCGCGAGACGCUUCGGUCAACGCGGGCAAUAAGUACGGCUUGACCCCGCUCCAUCUGGCUGCCCAGGAGGAUAAAGUCAACGUGGCUGAGGUUUUGGUCAACCACGGAGCCACCAUGGACCCCGAGACCAAGUUGGGUUACACUCCUCUCCACGUGGCCUGUCACUACGGCAACGUGAAGAUGGUCCACUUCCUGCUGAAAAACCAGGCCAAGGUCAACGCUAAAACCAAGAACGGCUACACUGCUCUUCAUCAGGCCGCCCAGCAGGGACACACGCACAUCAUCAAUCUGCUGCUGCAUCACGGAGCCUCGCCCAAUGAGCUCACCACGAAUGGAAACAGCGCUCUGUCCAUCGCCAAGAGGCUGGGUUACAUCUCUGUAGUGGACACGCUCAAGGUGGUCACAGAGGAGACCCUGACCACGCAGACGGUCACGGAGAAGCACAAGAUGAACGUUCCCGAGACCAUGAACGAGGUGCUGGACAUGUCGGAUGACGACGCCUGUAAGGCCAAUGCUCCCGAAAUUAUCACAGAGGACUAUUUGUCCGAUGUUGACGAAGAGAUGGAUUGUGGAAAUAUCGGCAUCAGCUAUUCGUGCGACGACGCCAUGACAGGAGACACGGACAAGUACCUAGCGCCCCAGGACCUGCGGGAACUGGGCGACGACUCGCUACCGCAGGAGGGUUACAUGGGCUUCAGCGUGGGUGCACGUUCGCAGAGUCUGCGUUCCUUCAGUUCCGACAGGUCCAACACGCUCAACCGCAGCUCCUUCACGAGGGACAGCAUGAUGAUCGAAGAGAUGCUGGCGCCCAACAAGGACAUGAUGCUCUGUAAGGAAAGGUCUUUCAUUGUCGAACAACACAACAAGCACUUGGCGGGGGCCAAAGACUGCGACAACGACUCGCUGAGGAGGUACAGUUGGACACCAGAUGCAAUGGACAACGUCAAUCUCGUAUCUUCCCCGGUCCACUCCGGUUUUUCCUCUCCGCUCCCGCAGUACGACAGCAGGUUCUUGGUGAGCUUCAUGGUGGACGCCCGCGGCGGGUCCAUGCGGGGCAGCCGCCACAACGGCAUGCGCAUCAUCAUCCCGCCCAGGAAGUGCACGGCGCCCACGCGCAUCACGUGCCGCCUGGUCAAGCGACACAAGCUGGCGUCGCCGCCCCCCAUGGUGGAGGGCGAAGGUCUGGCCAGCCGGCUGGUGGAGGUGGGCCCGGCAGGAGCGCACUUCCUGGGUAAGCUACAUCUCCCCAGAAUGCCGCCAGCUCUUAAUGAAGGCGAGAGCCUGGUUAGCGCAGUGCUCCAGCUGGGACCCCGAGGAACUAGAUUUGUUGGGCCCGUGAUCGUGGAGAUCCCCCAUUUUGGCUCCAUGCGGGGGCAAGAGCGUGAACUGAUCCUCCUGCGAAGCGAGAACGGAGAAACCUGGAAGGAGCAUCUGUACGACUGCAAGACCGAGGAGCUGCGUCAGCUCCUCAACGGCAUGGAUGAAGAACUGGACAAUGCUGAAGAGUUGCAGAGGAAGAGGAUUUGCCGCAUCAUCACCAAAGAUUUCCCUCAGUACUUUGCCGUGGUGUCUCGCAUCAGGCAGGAAACUCAUCAGAUGGGACCCGAGGGCGGGACUUUGUGCAGCCGGAGCGUCCCAUUGGUUCAGGCCUCUUUUCCAGAGGGUGCGCUUACCAAAAAGAUCAAAGUUGGCCUGCAGGCCCAGCCGGUACCCGACGAAACGGUGAAAAAGAUCUUAGGAAACCGUGCGACCUUCAGCCCCAUCGUGACAGUGGAGCCCAGACGGAGGAAGUUUCACAAGCCCAUCACGAUGACAAUCCCGGUCCCGCCGCUCUCGGGCGAGGGGCUUUCCAACGGCUACAAAGGAGACUGCACGCCCUGUCUCCGCCUUCUCUGCAGCAUCACAGGUGGUACAUCGCCAGCACAGUGGGAAGACAUCACGGGUACGACUCCGCUGACUUUCGUCAACGACUGCGUAUCUUUCACAACCAACGUUUCGGCACGGUUCUGGCUGGCUGACUGCCACCAAAUCCCAGAGACGGUGGGUUUGGCCUCGCAGCUCUACAGGGAGCUGAUCUGUGUGCCCUACAUGGCCAAGUUUGUGGUGUUCGCCAAGAUGAACGACCCGGUGGAAUCCAGGCUGAGGUGCUUCUGUAUGACUGACGACAAGGUGGACAAGACCCUAGAGCAGCAGGAGAACUUUGAGGAGGUGGCCAGGAGCAAAGACAUCGAGGUCCUCGAGGGUCGGCCCAUUUAUGUGGAUUGCUAUGGAAACUUGGCUCCCCUGACCAAAAGCGGUCAACAGUUAGUGCUCAACUUCUACGCCUUCAAGGAAAACCGCUUGCCUUUCUGCGUCAAGGUACGAGACCCCAGCCAGGAGCCUUGCGGUCGUCUCACCUUCCUCAAAGAGUGCAAGAACACAAAAGGCCUGCCGCAAACGGCCGUGUGCAACUUGAACAUCACGCUGCCCGCAGCCAAAAAGGAAAUGGAGUCAGAUGCCGAGGAUGAGACUGAAAAGCCCGAGCGACGUCAUACCUUUGCAUCGCUAGCCUUACGUAAGCGCUACAGCUAUCUCGCCGAGCCUGCACUGAAAACAGCAGUUGAGCGAAGCACACCAGCCACAAGAGCACUGCCUGCUGGUCACCCUCACAAACCUGUCUUUCCAACCAGACCUUACGCCUCAUGGUCGACUGCUCCUCUUACCCUCCCUGGCCAAGCAAAGCUCGGCGGAGUGGGCGGUUCCGUCAUCGUUGCCGAUUCAUCGGCCGGCUCAGCAGCUGCUUCUCCACUGAAAUCCGCCUGGCCCUUCACCCCAUCACCUGCAUGUUCUUCUCCAAUUAGAGCCAGCAUGGCAGCUCCAUUGCAAGCACCCAAUCCGGCAUCCCCUGACAUACUUCCUUCGUCCCCGGUGAGGUCUUACAGGACUAUACCAUCACCCAUUAAAACGGUUGUCCAGCAGGCUCACUAUCCUGUCCAGGCCUCCGCCGGCUUGGUGUCCUCUCGAGUUCCAUGUAAACCUGCAACAGAUCCUGCUUCUAUCAAAAGUCUUUCUUCACCCUACGCAUCGAGGACCUCUCCAGUUCACUCUCUACCCAAUGGUUACAUACCAGAUAAGUCCCCAGCUGCUCCAAUCUCACCAAAGAAACCUUACAGCAUCUACAGUUCUAGUAUGUCUUUUAAGAUAGACACAGGAGCUCCACAUCCUUCGUCUGCUACAAGCCUCUCCACCCUGCCCUCUUUGAAGACCUCUCCUGAUUCGAGCCUGUCUUCUCGGGUGGGAAAAACCUCCUUGUCAUCGGUGACCUCGACCGGGAAGACAGCCAUUGCGUCAUCGGAAUUGCCCAGGGUGAACGGAAAUGUUUCACCCGUCAAAUAUGCGUCGUCCUCAUCUACACCCUCCUCACCUUCUUCCCGACUCCUGUCAGAGAGAAGCCUUCAAGAGCGGAUACAAGCCACCACCCAGGCAGCCACAACUGGCAUCAGUGCUGCCAUAAAUGAAGCCAUUGACUCCUAUUCUGCAACCGGCUAUGGCACGCUUAAAUCGAUGUCAUCCUCUCUCAGAUCCGCUCCAGCAAAUUCUGCUUACGGUCCUCUGAGAUCUGCCGCUCCCUCCUCAGUGCCUGCAGUUACCUCAAAUACAGUGACUGUACCCGUAUACUCGUUGGUCAGCGUCAUGCUAGAGACCCCAGUUAAACCAGGGCCAGGCUCUCUCAAAAUGGCGCCUCCCGAUUCCAAUCGCACCUCACCCUCUCCAUCGCUAUCCUCCUGUGUCACAGCCUCCAAAAUGAAGUCCCAGUUGAAAUCGCCGCCUUACAUCACGCCACCCAUCAUUCAUCACGCCGCCACCUCCAACCAGGAGAUAUUAAAAGAUGUAGCAGACAUGAAAGAAGACCUGAUGAGAAUGACAGCCAUCUUACAGACGGACACACAGACGGCUGCUAAAACGGUCCAAACGUCACGCACCAGCACUCCUCGUGAGACCAAGUUAGAAGACGAUGAGCCAUACAAACUUGUUGAGAAAGUGAAAGAAGAUUUAGUGAAGGUGAGCGAGAUACUACAGAAGGAUAUUGUGAAUGAAAGUAACGAGAAUGUUGAAGAGGAUGGCUGGGAGGAGUUUUCCACAGAUGAGAUUGAGGAGGCCCAAAGAAACACAUUCUCUGACCGACACGCUCACUUUGAUGAGCGCUCACAUCUGCUUAAGCACCAGUCGAACAAUGACCUUGAUUUGGCGAAAGUGGUCGACUUUUUAACCAGCGAUAUUGGGGCUAGCUCCCUCUCCAAAAUGGCAGAAUUGAAAAGCAGAUACGAGGAGGUGAAAGGGGAAGGGGAAGAGAAACAAAAACGUAUACUGAAGCCUUCUAUGACAAUACAGGAGCACAAACUGAAAAUGCCUCCACCAGUGUCGGGUAUGCUCAGGUCCCCAUCCGAGAAGGACCUUAGCAAACUUGCCGAGUCUUAUCAGGGGGGCGACGCCAUUCUCGAGUCCCCAGAGGAGCUGUCUCAUGAGCAGGAUAAGAGUCCGCUGUCUGACAGUGGCUUUGAGACUAGGAGUGAGAAGACACCAUCUGCUCCCCAGAGUGCAGAAAGUACAGAGCCCAAGCCUUUAUUUACUGAUGCUCCCAUCCCUCCCAGUGUGUCUGAGACCAGGUUAGAGGGGGUCCGUGUUCAGAGGCUCUCUGAUGAGCCUCUCUUGAUGGAGGAGGCCGCUUCUGCUCUUUCUUCUGCCGAGUCAGGUGCAGCUUCAGGAAGCUCAGUCGCCUCCAUCCAAAUGAUGGUUCCAGAGGAGGACUCAAUGAGCAUGUGUCUUAAAGAGGAGACUCAUAUUACCACUACGACCAGAAUGGUCUAUCAUCAGUCUCAGCUCACUGACAGCGCAGAGGGGAUUGAGGAAGCCGUGUCAGUGCGAGACAUCAUGAAAGCCUUCCAGUCUGGUAGGGACCCGUCCAAAGACCUGGCAGGCCUUUUUGAACACAAAGCUAACCAGGACUCAGUCAAAGGCGACGAGCUGUCGCCAAGAUUUCUUAACAGGGACUUAAAAUCCAAACCCAAAGUAGAACGGAUAAUUGAGGUUCAUAUUGAGAAAGGCCACAGCACGGCAGAGCCGACUGAGGUUUAUAUCAAGGAAACAAAGAAACACCCUGAGCUGUAUGUCUAUAAAGGGGACCGGACCGUUAAGGAACUGCUUGAUUAUGAUGAGAGCCAGCAGGAAGAGGAGGAACUGAUUGCUGAAGAAUACCUGCCCCCUUUCCUGGAAACAUCUCGCGUUAACACACCAGUUUCGCAGGAGGAGGACAGUCGGCCAAACUCUGCUCAAUUGAUAGCGGACGAUUCCUACAAAGCGCUAAAGCUGCUCAGUCAGCAUUCCAUAGAAUACUACGAUGAUGAGCUAUCGGAGAUCAGAGGAGAGUCCUACGGGUUUGCUGAAAAAAUGCUCCUCUCCGAGAAACUAGAAGCAUCCUCCACAUGUCAUUCAGACACAGAAGAUUCCGCAAUGAAGACUGACAGGAACCUAACCUCUGAGCAUCAAGAUAGCCCUAAAAGGGAGUUUAUAUCCAAGUCCAAAGAUGGGUCCUCGAAAGCAGGAACAUUUUUGCAUCGAGAUGAAUCGCCACAGUUUGAUAAAGUUACAGUGCUCCAUUAUUCAACUGAACAAGGUAGCCCCAAGCAUGCAGUCUGGAUGAGAUUUACUGAGGAUAAACAUGACAGGAGCAGGGACAAGCUACUAUAUGAGGACAGGGUGGAUCAAACUGUAAAAGAAGCGGAAGAAAAACUCUCUGAGGUUUCUCAAUUUUUCCGCGAUAAAACAGAAAAGCUUAAUGAUGAACUUCAGUCACCUGAAAGAAAGCCUAUGCGACGAGAACUCAAAGAGCCGAGGUCUUGGCCAAGCUCAGCAUGCAGCAGCCCUCAAAAAACUAAGACAGGGGACGAGGCAUUCAGUAAAACCAAACUCGGGGAGCCUUCUGUUGGUCAAACAUUUGGUAGCAUUUUACCCAAUGAAAAGAAAAGCUGUGGCUUGCCAGGCAGUCCUCAGAAAAGCCAACAAUCUAAGACCUGUGCGUCGGAGCCCUCCUCUCCCUCACAUGUAAAAUCUGUGAGGAUGAAGUUCGAAUCUGAGGCUCAGAAACGACCUCAGUCUAGACCAAGCAAAACACCCCCUCCAGUUCAACCAAAACCUUCUGUAACGAAAUUACAGGAGAGCAAACUCCCGGUUUACCAGUUUUUUGCGGAUAGAAAAAAAGUUACUGAAACAUCCCAGGGGGAAAUACCCCAAAAUAAUAAUGAAGACACAGUUAGCACUAAAGUGGCUUUGGUGUCACCCAAGUCCCCCAAACUGUUUCCAAAUAGAAAUGUCCCAAACGUGUCGGUACAAAAAACAUUUUCAGAGAAAGAUAGUGAUGCUAACGAACAUCAUGUCACAAAGAAAGCCUCAACAGAGGUAUCAAGAAUAGAUAGUGAUGACCUUAUGAAUAAAAACGGAAGGAAAAAAUCUGAAUCUCAAAUUCCUCUCAGAACAACAUUGAUUUAUAAUGACCUCCCUAAGAAACAUCCACUAACAAAACCCUCCCAGAUUCCAACAUUAUGUAAAAGUAAAAGCCUUGAGGCAACCUCCACCAAAACAAAUGAAAAUGUUACGUUUGAAAUCCUUGACAAUGCCCCAAAGGAUUCAAACUUGAAUAACUUGGUCAGUUCCAGGGAUAUUCUGGAAAAAGUCAUGACGACUCCGGCUGCCGCAGCACCUAAAGAAAAUUUCAAAGGCAUUAAAACAUUACCAGUUUAUGUCAGUCUACAGGUUGGCCGCCAGGCUGAAAGGGAGGCCAAAGGGGGUCUGCAUGCUGUCAAGCAGAAGUCAGUUUCUGGACUUGGUCCACUCAGCCCAGAUGAUGACACCCUAGAACAGAUCUCCUUCAUAGAUAGCUCAGGUAAAAGCCCCCUGACACCAGAGACCCCCAGCUCCGAGGAGGUCAGCUAUGACCUCACUGCAAAGACCCCUGAUGGCUUUAUGGGGUUGGUACCAGAUAAACCCAGCCCAAUCAUGGAGGUACCUGAGGAAUUCGAACAAGAUGACCAAGGAAGAGGCAUCAUCUUUUUGAAAGAGACCACGUCUGAAAUCAAAACUAGCAUCAACACUGCCCAAGCAGACCUCGCUAAUGCUAACAUGCAGGAAACAAUGACGGAUAACUAUCAGAGAUUAGAGAACACUUCCAUCCUGCAAGAAAGCACAGUUAACGGGUAUAAUUAUAAAACCGGACAGGAGGCCUCCAUCGACAAAGGCCUUGCAUACAUCGAAUUUCCUCCUCCGCCUCCUUUGGACCUCUCCGAAACUUCUGAUCCAGACAAGAAAGGUUCUUGCGCUUCGUCAGAAACUGAGACGGAAAUGAUGGAGGUGAAUUUACAGGAAGAACAGGAGAAGCUACUGAUUGAACCAAUAAUACGUAUUCAGCCCCCUUCGCCGGUGCCGCCUGAGGUGGAAGAUAAUCAGUUCAACGGUGAGGACGACGAUGAUGAAGAGUCAAUCUUUCACCCGAGUCCCUCGAAGAAAUUCACUUUUAAAGCUCCUUGGGAAGUGGCAGGCCAAAAGAAGGAGGAGAAGGAAAAUCAGGCCGAAAUGAAAAAACAUGACAAGAACGGAAAUGACAAAGAUCGUCUGGUUGGAACCAACGGUUCCAAUGGCAAGGGGGAGGACGAUGAAUGUGAACAAAAUGGAAACGACCAGUCCAUAACAGACUGUUCGCUAGCCACAACAGCUGAAUUUUCUCACGACACUGACGCAACAGAGAUCGAUUCCCUUGAUGGCUACGACCUCCAAGAUGAGGACGAUGGACUGUACGAACAAGCCGACUUGAAGUCGUUAGGCUCCCUGGACGGCAGGCGAGAUGUCUGGGGGACUGACAAUUUCAGGCCUUUAGACCGUUCAUUUCCUCCGACUAAACUAGAAGUUAUUGAAGAGGAGAAAACCCCCGAGGAAUGUUUGAAGGAUUUGCCAUCAGAUGUUAAGAAACCGAAUGACGCUCAAAAAGACGCCGUUGAAACGAAUGGACAAAAACUCUCAGCAAAAGAGGGAUUUUCAGAUACAUACUUUAGCUAUAAAUUGGAAGAGGAGUUUAAUUCUCCUUUUAAGACUGUCGCGACUAAAGGGUUGGACUUUGACCCCUGGCCCAGUAAAGGUGCCGAGGAAGACAUUGUCGACAUGGGAGAGGCGCUGGCAAGCAACGGUGAGCCAAAGCCUUUUGGACUAGCGGUCGACGAGCAAUCUCAGGCCACGACGCCCGACAGCACCCCUGCCCGCACGCCGACAGACGAUAGCACGCCGACGAGCGAGCCCAACCCCUUCCCGUUCCACGAGGGAAAGAUGUUUGAGAUGACGCGCAGUGGUGCGAUUGACAUGAGCAAGAGAGACAUGGUGGAGGAGAGGCUCCAGUUUUUUCAAAUUGGCCCUCAGAGUCCCUGUGAGAGGACGGACCUCCGAAUGGCCAUAGUCGCAGACCACCUGGGACUCAGCUGGACUGAGCUGGCCCGCGAGCUGGAAUUCUCCGUGGAGGAGAUCAACUCUAUUCGAGUGGAGAACCCGAACUCCUUGACGGCGCAGAGCUUCAUGCUGCUAAAGAAAUGGGUGCAGAGGGACGGUAAAAACGCCACAACGGACACUUUAACGGCGGUGCUGAAUAAGAUCAAUCGCUUGGAUAUUGUGACUUUGCUGGAAGGGCCCAUAUUUGACUACGGUAACAUUUCAGGCACUCGCUGCUUUGCCGAUGAUAACGCAGUAUUCCCGGAUCAGUCCGAUGGAUACCACCAAAUAGACGCGGAGCUGCGAACCCCCCCUGACCUCCAGUGCACUCCCCCCACCCCGCCGCGCCCCGACGACUUUUUGCGCGAAAGCGGCGACGCCGUAGUAGACUCCCCUAGCUGGCCUAGCGAGCCCCCCCUGGUACGCGCGGAGGACGCCGGCGAGUCGCCCGACAACGACAGGAGGGCCGCCCAUCGGCGAGCGAUGUUCGAGGGCGCUUACGCCCCCUACGAGAGGCAGGGAGGGCACCUCAAAGAUGAAGAGGAGGAGGAGGAAGAGGAUGAGAUGACCCAGGAGAGGCUGCAGAGUCUCCUGGAGAACAUCAAACUGGAGGAGGAAGGGCUGGAGGACGAGGAGAUGACGGAGGAGAAGCUGCAUGCCAUCUUAGAGCAAGUGCGGCAGGCGGAAAAAGAAUUUUGCUCACUUCCAGGUUGGAGAGGAGGCGACGCAGCGGCGGCUGUAGAUGAGGCCGCGGCGGAACUCGGCGACGCUGCAGAGGAGGGCAGUCCCGAUAGCCUGGCGGACUCGUUGGAACAGCCGCCUCAGAGCAGCAAUAAAAAGGAAGAGGAGGAGCAAGGAGGCGAUCGGUCGGCUCGCAGAGUCCAGUGGGCGCAAAAUGUCCAGUGUGAGCGUGUCUCUGGUGAUGAUGAUGAUAAUGAGGAAGAGGUGGAGGAAGAAGAGUCCAGUUCCGAGGAGGAGACCACUGUGACCACGAGGGUGUUUUGCCGGCGGGUCAUACUGAAGGGAGAGGAAGCCCGUAACGUUCCCGGAGAGUCUGUGACGGAGGAGCAGUUCACUGACAGCGACGGCAAUCUGGUCACCCGAAAAGUAACCCGAGCGCAUGAUUUUUGUACUCCGCACGCGCUCACGUGGGGGCUCUCCCUGUCGUCACCCUCCCGUCUAUUCACCGCAGGUGAUCAGAAAGGUGGUGCGGCGCGUGGUUGGCUCGGAGCGAAAGGACGCGGUCGCCGUUGUCGCCGUCGCGCCGGGCGGCGGCGCGGGAGUUGGGAAGGGCAAGAGGCGGGGCAAACGCUCCCGGCAGGGCCACAAGCCGGGAAACGGGAACAACAAACAGGGAAGGAAGAGUCACUCGUAACGGCAGCAUCUCCCAACGCACCCUGGUCGCUUCCCGCGACGUCACCACUCAGCCACCACACCUGAGCUCGGGAGAACGGACAAACGGGGCGGCGUCCAGUCACGUACAACAAUGGCAACGGUUUUGUUUUGUUUUUUUAUCCCCGUGCAAGAUGAAACUUUUUCCAUUUGGCAUCAGCAAGCAUGUCGAAACACUAGAAGAAACUUUUUUUCCGGCUGGUCGGGAGAUUACAAACGCAACCUUCAUGGAUGCUCUCGUUUUCGAUGUGACCAGACGUCACACGAGGAGACCUGCAGAUUAGAGGGAUGCCUUGUAUGGUCACAUUUCCGCCUGGAAGCUGACCAUGUGGUGAUUGAUUCUUUUUUUU